AUGAUUCGGACUGAUAAAACUGUAACGUCGAUUUAUAAGCUAAUUAAUUAUUCACAUAUGUCAUUAAUUAAAAAUAAUUUAAAUAAAUUAAUAAAAGAAAAAUGGGAUGAAAAAAAAAUUUUUUAUAGCUUUGAAUUAAUUUCUGGUCAUGAAAAUAUUCACAGAUUUGUCACGGAUUUACGAGAGUACUCUCCAUUAUUUUACGCACUGACUUGUCAUAAAAAAUUUAAUCUCAAUAAUUUGAAUGACAGUUUAUCAGAAAUGGAUGAUAAUUUUCUUUUGCAUGUGACAGCAAGAGGAAAAUUUAAAAAUGAUGUCAGAAAAAUAUUAGAUAAAGCACUAGAACUUGGUAUCACCAGUGUUUUUGCUCUUCGCGGAGAUGAGAUUACUGAUGGCGAUUUUCCGUAUGCUGUAAAUUUGGUUAAAUUUAUAAAAGAAAAUUAUAAAAAUAAAUUUAGUGUAGCAGUCGCUGGAUAUCCAGAUAGACAUUCAGAGUCAGUCUCCAAAGAGACGGAAUUUUUUUACCUGAAAGAAAAAAUUAACGCAGGAGCUGAUUUUAUCAUCACGCAAAUUGUUUUUGACUCGGAAAGUUUUAUAAAUUUUGUAGAAGACUGUAAAAAUUACGGUAUUAAUGUUCCGAUAAUUGCUGGAGUACUACCAAUUAGUAAUUAUCCUUCUCUAAUUAAAUUAAUGAGUACCUGCAAGUGUACACUUCCUCAGUCAGUUCGCAAAGCCCUAGAAAAAAUAAAAGAUGAUGAUUCAGUUGUGCAACAAUAUGGCGUUGAAUUAAUAAUCAAAAUAGUAAUUGAUAUAAUUUCCAGUGGAUCUUGCGGAUUUCACUUCUUUACAUUUAAUCAAUCUUCAUCAGUGAUAAAAAUUUUAAAUAAAUUAACUGUACUGAAAAAAUAAAUAAAAUUUAAAUAUUCAAAAGUCCC